AUGCAACAACCACCGGGCUUUGAACAUGACAAUAAGGAGCUUGUCUGCAAAUUAAAUAAAGCUCUGUGUGAUCACUCUCUGUUCACCUACAAUCAUCAAGGCAUUACUCUUUAUGUGUUGGUUUAUGUAGAUGACAUUCUCAUUACAGGUUCUUCUUCUCUUCUUGUUCAUAAACUGAUUACACAACUGAAUCAACAAUUUGCUCUCAAGCAGCUUGGUAAACCUGAAUAUUUUCUUGGUCUGGAAGUUGCAUAUCAGGCUAAUGGUUCCAUCAUCUUGACUCAGACCAAGUAUAUAAGAGACUUACUCUCAAGAUUUCACAUGGAAGAAGCUAAUGGAGUGCCAUCUCCUAUGCUGAGUAACAGUAAGCUUAGUAAGUAUGGAACUGAUUACAUUGAAGACCCUCUGCAGUACAGGUCUGUGGUAGGUGCCUUAUAG